CGUUUUCUCCAGCCUCUUUAGGAGAGCCUAAUCUGGCAAGAACCCCUGUAGACAAAAGCUCUGAAAAGACACCAAGCCUCCUCCUCCACCAUGUCCACGUCGCUGAGAGUGAGUCCGUCCGUCCAUGGAUACCACUUUGACACCGCUGCCCGAAAGAAAGCCGUGGGCAACAUCUUUGAAAACAUAGACCAAGAAUCCCUCCAGAGACUGUUCAAAAACUCUGGGGACAAGAAAGCCGAGGAGAGAGCCAAGAUCAUCUUCUCUAUCGACCAAGAUCUGGAGGAGAAGACCAGAGCUCUGAUGGCCCUGAAAAAGAGGACCAAAGACAAACUGCUUCAGUUCCUGAAACUCCGGAAAUAUUCGAUCAAAGUUCACUGAACAAGUAAAGCAGGAGACAAUGGCUGAGAGAACAAGAACAUUUAAAGAAUGAAACUGCAUUUGUGACAUCCUGACAACAUGCCUCCUGCAGCUGCCUGGCAGCCUCGGGUAAGGACCUCCUAACCUGAGAACAAACUGGCUGUCAUUGACUCAAACUCAUUUCACACUCUGAAAACUUGCAGGGAGAGGAGGCAGAAACACUCCCUGGCAGCCGUGAGCAACUCUCCCAGCGGGGAAGGACUGUUGCGGGUGUCCAGGGGAAAAGAAGAUUCUGCUGGGACACAUUCCAGUGACAGCCAGAGACAGCAGGAAGAGGUAUCUAUCCGAUAUCACUCUGACAGACCCCCCCUGGGGCAGCGGACUGAGUUUCAGUUUGAAAUUUUUUCGACGAGCCAGGGGGAAGAGUGAAUGCCACAUGUGUUUACAGAUUUUUUUUGUUGAAUUAAAAAACAAACAAACUGCCAAGCCUCAAUGCUGUCUGUUGGAAUGGACUUUAGAAGAUCAACAGUUGAUCACUUAUUUGCAUUUAUUAAAAUGCCUUAAAAAGUACACAUCACAUGGGUGUGAAUAGAAACUCAAGGGACUGCCUAAAACGGCUUCUUCAGAGCUGUGCAAUUUUGUCUUGUUCUUUUGAUCUAUAAAGUGCUUUUUUUUAAAUAUA